AACUGUUCGAUCGGGCCGGUCAUACCCCAGACUAAACAGUCGCAACCCUACCGGCGACCAACGCGUACAGUGAGUUGAGUAAGCGGAGUGCAGUUGGAUCGGCAACACCGCCAGCGCUUUGAUCUAAGUAGAAGGGCAAGCUGCUCUAACUUUGUGCAGUUGGAUUAUAGUUAACGUCCCGACGGGAGUGAAGAAAAUGUUCUUUAACCAGCUGUCCGUUGGUAGCCACAAGGUGUUGGUAUCAUCGUUACUGGCAUUAUGGCUGCUUGUUUUCAUUCCCAGGGCGGAAUCUGCCGCUCUCAGCAGUCCGCUACCAGUGUCUCCUUGUCCUAACAUUUUCAAGUACGCCACCGAUAGUGUAAAGCAGCAGAUCUAUGGCAUCGUUGACACUCGGCAGCAGCAGGUCGAUAAGUCCGGCACGUUAGAGCUGCAUCUGUCUAUUGCUGGCGAGCUGCUUUCGAAGUACGUCGGUUCCAUCGAGGCCAUCGAAGAUAAUGCACAGAUAUUGGAGCAGUUCAAUAAGGGACGGGGCGUAUCGUACCGCGUUAAUUUCCCGAUUCAGGAGCCUCUGCCCAAGCUAACGAAAGUUAUCUUCAACGGUCGUGAACUGUGCACUGGACCUGGCGAUCGAGGAUCCUUCGUCAGCUCGGUCACGUUGCGGCACUUUUUGCGAUCGGACACGUGCACGGAUGCGAAGUGCGAUCGCACACCACUGAUACCGCCAAAGGUAUCGCCGCAGCUGACACUGACACCGGUCGCUCCGAAACCGGUGACCGGCAUUGCCGUUAGGCCACAGACGGCCAUUGUUCCCCCAUCGCCAUUACCGGUCACCAAGGCUGUGCUACCAGCAGAAGCAGUGGAGGCCCCUGUGGGUGCACCGGCAGUCCAGCAUGAGUACCAGCGUACGAUCGAACGCAAGGAGGAAACGAACAACCCGCAGGACAACAGCACCUCGGUGAAGUACAUUCGCGAGGAGAUCACCUAUCGCAAGCAGGUCAUCACACCGGGAGGUUCCAGUAACUUGCAGUCGGACGAACUGCAGCUUCCCUCGUUCGUAAGCGGAAACCUGGCGUCGUAGUGUGCUGUCAUCAUAGCCGAUCGCCUCGUAGGUGGUCUGGCACGAUCAUCUCCUUACCGGGUAGCACACGACCAAAAGACCGACGGCCAGUUGCCUGAUCCCCCCACCCUGGCUGUUCCAGCUGCUUCUCCGGCAUUCGGCUGAUAAUUUCUGUCCGCACUAACAAAAUUUUGAAUAAAGAUUCCAAUUUUUUUUUAUUUAUCUCCGCAUCAACUGGUGGCACUGCAUGGGUGUCCGUGGGUAGGGGCACGAACACGCUGUCUGUUGGCAAUAUGGUGUACCGCGCUGUGGCACUUCCCGUGUGCAUACGUUAAUGAGUCCGAUCAACCUGUUUCUUUGGAGCAAACCGUUGGAACUAGUUUUCGCUACACCUGUACUUUGCGCGCCGUGAGUCACAAGGGGGAAGGACGAGACAAUAUGGCUGAGAGCACGAGCCGGGGUAUUCACAGUAGAUUCUGCUCUGUCGGGGGCUUAGGGAUGAGCGAGCGCGGGCUUUUGUGUGGCGAAUGGAUGGUGGGUAGCGCUAACAGCCCCUUCUUUUCGCUCCGGUUGAAAAACCGAAAUCAGCGUCGUGUUGAAGGUCAAUCGAAUGGUCCAGUCGCUGGUUCAGCCAAACGCAGUUGAUGCUGAAACCAACUAGUUCGUUUACUUAGCCGUUACACCGUUUUAUUGCUUUCAUUUAACUUAAGCAUAUUCAUUGAUAAGAGCCGAUUCAAAUUGGUAGUCGUG